AAAACAUGAAAUAAUACUUUAUUCGUAUUUUGGAGGGGUUCUCCGCCAAGCCACAAGCGUGGCUGUCUUCAAGGACCUGCUGUGGCGUCUUGAGGCUCGGUGCGCUUGUGCACUUUGUAGUUCCCCGCGUUCAAAUUCAAAUCACACUUCCCGCUUGUUAACAUACAACCGAGGAGACAGCCAGCACUUGGUUGCUUCCUCCUUUUGGCCGCCUCUGGAUGCAUGGGCGUUGAGCCAAUAAACACAUCAAAGUUUUAACUUUAGGCCUACGUGUAUACCCAAGUGCGUCUAAAUACAAUAAAAAAAUGUUUCACAAGAAGCAAGGGAUAAAUUCAGAAAAUUAAGAGGGGUGUAAACAGUGGCGUCACUGGGGUCAGCGGCACCCAAGGCGGUAACCCCGCCGCAACCGAAGCAAACGCGAAGGCAUCUUCAGAGCUACCAGGACCAGGCGGAUUUCUUCGGUCGCGCACCGGUCACCUAGCUGUGUUUGGAGAUAUGUGUUUGUCCCUCUUGUUCCCCUUCUCCAGGGAUUAUUUUCGUCGCCUCUCUGGCCUCUCGCCUUUCGAAGCAGUCUUUGUGCCUCUUGCGCCAUCUACCGGCUUUCCCCGUAGCUCCCCCACGGCUGCUCCGUGGCACGACUGCACGGACGCACCAGACGCGAAGUUUAGGUUUAGGCACUAUACCACGGGGGGCGCCAGCUCCCAGUGUCCCACUCGAGAGGUUGAAGUUGCGCGCGCGCGGCAUCGCUGGCCGAGUGCGAGUUGUCGUCGGGCCGACGCUGCCGACGCCAGUCCAAGUGGGUCACUCGGCCAUGUCGUCCUCAAAGUCUGCGCUGCUGCUGGGCCUGUUCGGCGUCGCUGGGACGUUGUGGUCCUUGACGACGGCAUCACUGCUGCUCGCUGCGGUCUACCUGGCCCUGGGCGGCUGGCGCACGAUCCGGCUGCUUGCUGCCACAGCACCCCGCGACGUGCGCGCUGGACUGGGCUACCUCCGUCUCAACUGGUACAUGCGUCGUCGCCUCGCCGAGGACACGACGGUCGGGCGCGUCUUCGACGCCCUCGCGCGCCGUCACCCGGAGAAGGUGUGCCUGAUAGAACCGAGUCGCGAGUGGACCUUCGGCCAGGUGUACGACCUCUCGGAGCGCGUAGCAAACGUCUUCUGGGAGCAGGGACUGCGGCCGGGAGACGAAGUGGCCAUACUAACCGAAUCGAGACCCGAGGCUGUCAUUCUCUGGCUGGGCCUCUCCAAGGUGGGCGUCGUGUCGGCCCUGGUCAACAACAACCUCAAACAGGCGCCGCUCGCACACUGUAUUUCCUGCGUGCGUUGUCGCGCGGUGGUGUUCAGCGCAGCGCUGCUGCCAGCCCUGCGCCAGGCUCUACCGCUCAUGGGCCAGCUGUCGGCUCGCUACUUCUGCCUGGACGCUGCCCCGGAGGACCUCGGGGCGCCCUGCGUGCCCCUUGCACCGCUGCUGGCUAAAGCCGAGCCUCGGGCACCGCCGUACCGCGGCUCCAUGAACGACCGGCUGAUCUACAUCUACACAUCCGGCACGACGGGACUGCCGAAGGCGGCCAUCAUCCGGCAGCGGCGUUUCUUCAGUAUCGCGAGCAGCAUACGUCACAUGAUGCCUGUGCGCGACGACGACGUGCUCUACGUCUGCCUGCCAAUCUACCACGUGGCCGCGGGCGUGCUGGCGUUGUCGCAGACGCUACUCUUCGGCAACACGGCCGUGCUGCGCGCCAAGUUCUCGGCAUCGGCCUUCUGGGACGACUGCGUGCGCUGGAAGUGCACCGUGAGCCAGUACAUCGGCGAGACGUGCCGCUACCUGCUGGCCCAGCCGGCCAAGGCCACCGACCGCCAGCAUGGGGUGCGCCUCAUGUUCGGCAACGGACUGCGACCCCAGCUGUGGCGGUCGUUCGCCGAGCGCUUCGGGGUGCGUGACCUCCGCGAGGUAUACGGCGCCACCGAAGGCAACGCCAACCUGGUGAACAUAGACAACCGCGCUGGUGCCGUGGGCUUCGUGCCCACAGUGUUCCGGCUCUGGCCCGCCCUGGCCGAGUGGAUCCUGCCCGUGAAGCUGGUACGUGUGGACCGGGCGACGGGCCUGCCGCUGCGCGACAAACGGGGGCUGUGCGUUGCCUGCCAGCCCGACGAGGAGGGUGAGCUGGUGGGCAAAGUGGACAGGUCACACAUAAGCGCCUUCGAUGGCUAUGUGAACCAAGAGGCGACCCAGAAGAAGCUGUACCGGGACGUGUUCCGCAAGGGCGACGCAGCUUUUGCCUCGGGUGACCUUCUGGUCAUGGAUGAGCAGGGCUACGUCUACUUCCGAGACCGGACGGGUGACACAUUCCGCUGGAAGGGUGAGAACGUCUCAACAGCCGAGGUGGAGGCAGUGGCCUCACAGGUGCUAGGACUGACGGACUGUGUGGUGUAUGGCGUGGCUCUGCCAGGCACCGAAGGCCGGGCAGGCAUGCUGGCAGUGCGCGACCCCUCCGGCCGCACGGACCUGGACGCCUUGGCCCGCCACUUGUGCGCCACCCUGCCCCCCUAUGCGGUGCCCCUGCUGGUGCGGCUCACCUCGGACCUCCACCUUACGGCCACCUUUAAGCUGCAGAAGGGCCCGCUCCAGCGCCAAGGCUUCCAGCAGCUGGGGGGUGACCCUUGCUUCCUGCUGCAGGGCGGCCGCUACGUACCGCUGGAGGGGCCCCUCUAUGACAGCCUCUGCGCAGGUCUCUGCAGGCUCUGACUCCGCCGAGGACACCCAGCCUCGUUAACUAUGGGGGAAUCUGGGCACAAGUGCAAUUACAACUGGGUCUUAAAGUAUAACUUGUCCUUCACUCGCAGUCUUGUGACUGCCAGUGAAGCCCUCUUUUCGUAGCCCUGCAUUGUACCCCCAGGUGCUGCAAUGGGUGGCAAGGAAACCUCUGCUGUCGAGUGUCGCAUUGUGCCCUUCGACUGGCUACGUCGAAGAAGUCCGGCUGGCUUCACAAUGAGCACAGUUCGUCAACAUUCCCAGUUUGCAUAACCAGAGUGUCGUUUUAUAUGCACUGAAAGCUUUUUUUUUUUAUGUGCUUAAUAGUGCACGAGAACUCUGCAAUUUGUUUGGGCUGUGCAGUGAGGUGGUCCAUUAUCUGCGACGAAUAUAGAUGAUUGAGGUAGUAGCUACAUUGCUCUAAGUCAAAAGUGACUCUAAAAAUGCAGGAACAAAGAGGGUAGGCUAGAAAACAACACUGUGGUGUCUAGCUUGUGUUGAUUUCAUUCUUGUAUAGGUUUUGUUAGGGCUUUUUGACUUGGAAAUUAUUCAGUGUCCUCAAAUAAAAAAGAAAAAAAAAACAACUAAAUUCAUCAUUAUAUGUCCUUGAAAGUACACUAAAGUGAUCUUGAAAGUGAUUUUCAAAUUUUAGGGUUAAUGCAUAGCAGGGAUCUCCACUGAACAAGUGUUAAUUCACACAGUAAUCCACCAUAUUUCAAGAAAACAAUUUGUCUAUUGUAAUGUGUAGUGGGAGAGAGCAAAACCUCGCAAGGGAUGUUCCCUUCUGCUAAGUAUGAAUGAAACAUGAUAUUCGCUGGAAUAGAUUUUCUUUUCCAUUUGUGUUUGCAUGUGUGUGGCAUGUUCUGUGUUGUAGAGAAAUAUUAAUCUAAAAAUUUUAGACAAAAUUGAACAGUAUCAUGGGCCCUCUGUGAAGCGAAAAAGAGCACUUCUUGAAAAAAACAAUACAAAAUGGUUUUCAAUGUGCCUUUGAAAUAGAUUUCUAAAAAAAGCAGUUUGUGUCAGCAAGCAUCACAUAUACCCGCUUGAGAUUACCCGCAGCUCAGCGAGCUCAACUCCCUAGGCCCGUGGGUUGACGGGAACAUUGGGGCAUAAUCAUUGUGGUCACUUGCUAAGGAUUUGUUGGUGUCUUAUACUUAGCAUCAGGAAUUUAGAAUCUUGCAGCAGUGGCGUAGCCAGGGAUUUUCUUUUGAGGGGGAUGAAGCCCAUAAGCCCUCCCCUGGCUAUACCACUCUCAUGUAGAUAAAGCAAGCUACAUUAUCACCCAUCAUUUAUUUUUUUAUUGAAUGUGUGCCGAAGUGUUUGCUGUUGUCAGGGUACCCGGUUAUUUCUUUCGUUGUACUAGGAACAACAAAAGCCAACAGAAGAAACAAAUCGCUCUGCAGUGAAUGCAGCAUUUAUAGAUUUUUCUUUGAACUUUUUGCAACAAUGGUUUUAGCCUCCGGUCCUUUCUUGGGGACACAUGGAAGCUACAUGUUGUGCAGUUAAACCUCUUAUUGUUGGAGUUAGUAUGUAAAGAUAUUUUUUGACAAAUGAAUGGGAAGCAAAACAUUCUCCUCUCUCUCUCCUCC